CACACUUCACUACGCCAUACGGGUGUGGUACGGACGAACCACUUGACUUGACUUAUAAUGAAAAAAAUAUAUAAAACAAUUCAAAAGAAAAAGUUAAAAGUGUAACUGUUACGCGCGAAAAGAAUUUGCAAUUUUUGUGACAAUAAUAAUUACGUCCAGAAAUAUAUUUUUUUAAAGUUUACACAAGAAAUUAUGUAUUUUUUUUUAUAAUCAAAUAGACUGGGGUUUACUUGCGUAUAGGAAUUUAAUUUUAGUAAUUGCUAAAUUAUCUUGCCGUAAAAAUGCUUGGUUUAGUUCUACUCUUGGUUGUGUUGGUGAAACAAAAUGAGGCUGUGAUCUAUAGUUUAAAUGAGUCGGAAUAUAACCGCAUGCCGGCACUGUUUGCGCUGGACGACUAUUCGUCGUGCCUGCUCGACCCAGUCGGCGUGUAUUGCGUGAUCGACGUUAACCUGCGCGGCGAUAACCCGCUCAUGCACAUGAUACAGGAAUACUCAGACUACAAAGUAAAACAUUACAAUCACACGCAAAUACAUCGAGGGGUCUGCGUCACACACACAUGCAAAGAUUAUAUUCACAACCGAAGCUUAGAUAGACCAGAGGACCUAAAUUCUGUCCUUGAGGGAUGCCUCAACGCAUCUCUGUGGCAAAACUACGAAUUGCAAGGGAACCUUGCGAAUAUAGAAUAUUGUAGGAAAGCAAAUGAAACUACGAAGAUAGAUUUAAGCGAUGUGAUAGUGACUGUGGUAUACUUAGUCAUAAUAUUACUCAAUGUUGUCGGAAGCUUCUACGACGUCAUUUAUUGUAAGAAAGGAGAAAAAUCAGGGAAUGCUUGUCUAUUGGCAUUUUCUGCUCGUCGCAACUGGAAGAAGCUGGUCGCGCCAAAUGGCGGGCCCGACCCGAGACUUAAUAGACUGAAACUGUUCCAUGGGCUGCGGACGAUGACAAUGGUAUGCGUGUUCUUCUCUCACACGGUACUGGUCAUGACGCUGACGUUCGUUGACAAUCCUCUAUACAUCGAAAAGUCGUACGAAGACCCGCUGAAGUACAUCCUGCUGAACGGCAGCCUGGUGACACACACGUUCUUCGUAAUGUCCAGCUUCUUGUUGGCGUACAACUUCAUGCUACACGCUGAGAAGUAUGGCGUCUCCUGGAUACAGCUGCCCAAGGGAAUAGUGCUGCGGUGGCUGAGACUGACACCAGUAUACAUGCUGGUGUUGGCAACGAUAGCAACGGUGAUGCGUCACACGGGGUCGGGCCCGCUGUGGCCCCUCGUGGUGGGCUCGGAGGCCGACGCCUGUCGCCAGUACUGGUGGGCGCACCUGCUCUACAUCAACAACUAUAUAUACGGGGAUGCGCUCUGCGUGCCUCAGGCCUGGUACCUGGCAGCAGACACGCAACUAUUCUGCGUCGGUCUGCUGAUCUGCGUGGUGGCCCGCAGUGCGCGCGCGCAGAAAAUCGCCCUCAGUCUCCUGUUUACCACUGCGCUCGUCAUUGCCGCCGCACACACCUACUUCCAGGAUCUGGAUGCUGUCGUGAUACAGGCCCCUGAGUCGCUGCGCAACCUGUACUCCCUGGACGACACGUUCCGGCUGCUGUACAUCCGCGGCCACACCAACCUGUCCACCUACACGCUCGGCCUCGCCGGCGGGUUCCUCGCGUACUACUGGCAGAAGGACGGCAAGGAGUUCAGCAAGUACAAGAGGUACCGGAUCCUGUACUGGCUGAUGUUCCCGGCGGGGGUGGGGGUGAUCCUGUCAGGGGGGCUGUUCUACGUUGACGGCUCCCCCCCAUCCAACCUGUUCAGAGUGGUCUACGCGAUGCUGUACAAGCCUGUCUUCCAGCUGCUUAUUGUGAUUCUUAUUCUGGGCGUCGUGUUUAAGUUUGAAACGGUAUUCCGUCGCAUCGUGGAGUGGCGCGCCUUCACGUGGACGGGCCGUGUGUCCUACAGCGGGUUCCUGCUGCACACGCUGUUCCAGCGUGGGCUGGUCGGCAUACAGACACGCCCCACGCACAUGACCGACUACUAUGUGAUAACAGUGCUGACGUCGACGAUAUUCCUGUCGUUCCUGGGCGCAGCCAUGAUGUGGGUGUGCGUGGAGGCGCCUGUGGGCGCGCUCACUAAGCUGGCGCUAGCAGGGCGCGCAGAGAAAACAGAGCAAGAGCAGACCAAGGUGUAGGGAAUAAACAUAUUGGU